AUGGCGCCAGACAAGGAGGCAGAAAGCGCGUCUUUUGAAGCGAUUAUUCAUAAUGCCCGUCUCCGUCGCCAAAAGCAAGCCUUGACAGAUGAAUUUUUCGGCAAAGCAAGAAAAUCAGGCGGUCCAGGAUCCAAUGCGUCCAGCCGAAAGGGAUCUCCAGUUGCCGGAAGCCUCGCAAGUAGAGUUGAAAAGACAGUAAAUAUCCUGACCAGUCUUAAGCAGCGCGUGUCGUCAGGAGGCGUAAAGAAGCAACAGGCAAAGCCUGCGAAUAUACGACACACUCGAGAGAGCCGCCUGCUAUCAGGCUUCCUUGCCGACAACACCAAUCGUGUCCAGACACAGGAGCCUGGGUUGAAUAUCAAGGGCCGUGCCUCUGGCCCUUGUGUUGUCAUUGGCAGCAAUUUUGCGCCCGGUACGACGGCAGAAGAUAUUGAGUCUGCAUUCAGCCCGGUUGGAGGGGACGUCUUACAAUGCAGAAUCACAAAAUCGUAUCCCUCCGUAACUGCAGAGAUGGUGUUUGCUGAGAGACAGGGGGCUGAUAAUGUCGUGGCCGCCUUCAAUUCACAAAAGGCGGAUGGAAGGGUGAUUCAAGUUCGAAUUGACACAGCUGACGCAUCUACGAUCCUAGCUCGGUCAAAUGUAGCUUCUACUGGCAGGGCCAAGUCGGCGUUUGACAACAGCCGUGAGCUCGCAGACAAAGAGCGCCGUGAAAAUCGCCGCCCAGCUGAUUUCCAAGAUGGCCGCUUUGGGUUUGAGGAUCCAGCACAACAGUCGCGACAUCAACAAUCGGAUUUAUAUGAUCAGGAUAGUAGAAACAACAACAGAAACCAAAGCUGGCGAGGCAACAGACGACGAAAUCAACAGCAGCAUAAUGCAGAAAAGCCUGAUCUUUAUAGUGAUGCCAUGAUGGUUGAUUCACAGCCAUCCCACCGACAGACCAACAACCGAAGACGCCAAUAG